AUUAAUCUACAGACCUUGUUCCUAACUAUUUCUAACCAAGUAAAUAUUAUGUUUUUGUGUACAAAUAUACUUUGACAUUCAACAACACAAAAAAUUAACAAAGUACAUCAUUCAUAUAUAAAUACUAAUAAAAAUUAAAGAUAUUAAUUUAAAUAAAUAAUUUUUAAGUGAGUGAAUAAAUUUAAAAUGUCUGGAAGUACAAAUAAUCCGUAUGACAUGAAUGGAGCCAAUUUUAAUCCUGAAAUGUAUCUCCAAAAAUUGACUAAAGAUUUUCGUUUAAAACAAAUAAUGGAUCAUGAAGAAGAAAUUAGAAAAAGUACUCAAACUCUUCAUUCUGAAAUGCAAACACUUGUUUAUGAAAAUUAUAAUAAAUUUAUAGCAGCAACAGACACAAUAAGAAAAAUGAAAUGUGAUUUUAAACAAAUGGAAGAUAGUAUGGAUUGUUUAGCUAAAAAUAUGGACAGUAUAACAUCAUUUUCAGAACAAAUAUCAUCAACAUUAUCAGGAACAAGACAAGAAAUAUCAAGAUUAUCAUCAAUACAUGCACAUUUAAAAAGAUUACAAUUUUUAUUUAAAUUACCAAGUAAUUUAAAAGAUAAAAUGAAUGAAGGAAAUUACAGUGAGGCAGUUCAAGAUUACAUUCAUGCACGUAGAGUUUUAAAUCAAUAUGGUAAUUUACCAUCAUUUCAUGGUAUACAAAAAGAUUGUGAAGAAAUUGUUGAUGAAUUAAAAUUACAAUUACAUUUACAAUUUAAUAAAAAAGAUGCAACAACAAAAUCAUUAGCUGAAAGUGUUGAUUUAUUAUUACAACUUGAUGAACCAGCUGAAUUAUUAUGUCAUGAUUUUUUAAAACAUGCUGAUAAACGUUUAGAUGAACAACUUAAAUAUCUAAAUGACAUGUGUGAAAAUGAUGUUAUUGAAUUUGUUGAUGCUGGAAGUAGUGGUUAUCUUGGUGAUUUAUGUUUAAUUGUUGCAUCAUAUAAUGAUAUGUUUGUCAAUAGAUUACCACAAGAAGAUCAAGAAAUAAAUGAAAAUUUUGAUAUUAAUAUUACAAUACUUGUUGAUAAAUUUAUCAUAAAUAAUAUGAAUAAAUAUUUUGAAUUAAUGAAAACAAGAUUUGGUGAUGUUUCUGAUACAGCAAUAUUAGUCAGAGGUCUUGAUAGAUUUUAUCGUAAAUUACAAGCAAUGAAUAUACUAUGUAAUGGUUCAGAUUUUUCAAGACUUGGUACAGAUAUUGUUGUAUCUGCUGGUAAAAAACAAUGUAAUAAUCAUUUGACAUUUUUAAAGCAAUAUUUAAAUGAAACAUUGGUUAAAGUACGUCAAACACUUGCAGCUAAAAUAAGCCAAGAAAAUGAUGGUUGUCUUGCUGAACUACAAGCACUUUUAGUAAUGCCAACAAUUGAAAAAAUUAAAGGUGUUUUACAAGAUUUAUCAGUAUUUUUACAAUCUGAUUUAUCAUUUAGUUUAAAACCACAAUUUCUUGAAUUAUUUUGUAUUGAACAAGUACGUGAAAGUUUAAUUAUUGGUUUUCUUCAUCAUGUUACAUAUGUUGCUGCUAGUUUUUGUAAUGGUUCAGAUAUUCCAAAAUAUCCACCAACAUUAUUACUAUUGUUAAGUAAAAUGUGUAUUGAAUUUAAAGAAAGUACAAUACAUUAUUUAUUAGCAACUGUUGAUGAUAUGUUUAGCGUACAAGAAUAUGCAAAAUCUAAUAAUAAAUUAACAAGUGAAAAUGAUAUAUGUAAUGAAUUUCAAAAAGCUGGACAAAGUUUAUUGAAUCAUUAUGUCAGAUUACAAGGUCUUGCUGUAUCACAAAUGUUAAGAAAAUCAGUUGAAACACGUGAUUGGUUACAUACUAUUGAACCAAGAACAGUUAGAGCUGUUAUGAAACGUGUUGUAGAAGAUAUUACAGCAAUUGAUGGACAAGUUGCUGCUUUGUAUGAUGAUAAUGGUGGACAUGUUGAUAGAAGCAGUGAUAGCAGUAAAAAAACACACAGCAUAAGUGUAUCAAGACAUCAGUAUCGUUCAAAUUGGUCAUCAUAUACUCCUAGCCAUUUAGAUUCUUCAUUUGUUUCAAAUAUACAUAAAUUAUUUUCCGAAAGAAUUGAAAUAUUUUCACCAGUUGAAUUUAACAAAGCAUCAAUUCUCACUGGUAUCAUUAAAAUAAGUCUCAAGACUUUUCUUGAAUGUGUUAGACUACGUACAUUUAGCAAAUAUGGUCUACAACAAAUUCAAGUUGACACACAUUAUUUACAGCUAUACUUGUGGCGUUUUGUUACAAAUGAAAAUCUUGUACAUUUUUUACUUGAUGAAAUACUUGGAAGUGCUGUACACAGAUGCCUUGAGCCAGUUCUUAUGGAACCCAGUGUCGUUGAUAUAAUCUGCGAACGUGGAUAAAAUUAAAAAAAAAAAAUCUCAAAUAUUAUAUAUUAAUAUAUUAUGUAAAUUAAAAAUUAUAAAAAUAAAUUAUUUAUGUGACAUGUAUUUUAUGUAUUAUUAAUUAAUUAACAAAAAAAUAAAUAAAUUAAAAAUUUAUA